AUGUCGUUGCCAGUGAGAGGAGCAAGAGGAUUUGGAGCCGAAGGGGAGCAGACGAUGAUCCAUGUGCUGGCGGUGGGCGAUAGCUCGAUCGACCGGGAGGUCAUCGCGGCACUUCUCCGAAGUUCCAAGUACCAUGAGACUACAUUGAACAACGGGACGAAAGUGCUGGAGCUAUUGGGAAUGGAACCAAACGUGAACAUGAUCAUUACUGAUAAUUGGAUGCCAAAAAUGACAGGAUAUGGGUUGCUCAAGAGAAUUAAGGAAUCCUCCAAGAUGAGGGGAAUCCCUGUGAUCAUAAUGUCAUCUGAAAAUAUGUUUGGAAGAAGAAGUAGAAGAUUUCUUGUUGAAGCAUGUGAGGCCAUCUGA